UCCUGGGGCUGCAGCGGCGCGGCAGUGAGCUCGCCGCUCCGGCCUCGUCCGGCGUCGGCCAUGGACGCCGCCGCCGGGGGACUCUUCCUGCCCUACGACGGGGGAGGAGACGCCAUCCCGCUGCGGGAGCUGCACAAGCGAGGGACUCAUUACACCAUGACCAACGGAGGCAGCAUCAGUGGCUCCACGCACUUGCUGGACCUCUUGGAUGAGCCGAUCCGGGUGUCUGCAUGUAGGAUGACUUCCCACACCAUCGACUGGGUGUGGGAGAAGUGUAAGGGCUGAGAGAGGCACAGCGGGUGAAUCAGCAAAAAGAAAGAAUGAGCAUGGGAGAUAAUGAAGAGCUUGUGUGACGCGUGGUCAGGGUGGCUCAUGGUGACACUAAUGGGACUGGCAUCAGGGGCGCUGGCUGGGCUGAUAGACAUCGCUGCUGACUGGAUGACCCACCUCAAGGAGGGCGUGUGCCUCAGUGCACCGUGGUACAGCCAUGAGCAGUGCUGCUGGGGGUCCAACGAGAUGGCGUUCAAGGAGAGGGACAGGUGUCUGCAGUGGGCAACGUGGGCUGAGCUGGGCAUCGGCCAGGCUCGGGGUCCUAGUUCGUAUAUCAUGAACUACAUAAUGCAUGUCUUCUGGACCUUGAGUUUCACCUUCCUCCCCGUCUCCCUGGUAAAGGUGUGUGCUCCGUAUGCCUGUGGCUCUGGGAUUCCAGGGAUUACAACUAUUCUGAGUGGAUUCAUCAUCAGAGGUUACUUGGGAAAAUGGACUUUAAUGAUUAAAACCAUCAUGUUAUUAGUACUGGCUGUGGCCUCGGGUUUGAGUUUAGGAAAAGAAGGAUCCCUGGUGCAUGUUGCCCGUUGCUGCGGAAAUCUCUUUUCCUACCUCUUUCCAAAGUACAGCACAAACGAAGCUAAGGAAAGGGAGGUGCUGUCCGCUGCCUCGGCUGCAGGUGUUUCUGUACCUUUUGGUGCAUGGAUCAGAGUUCUUUUUAGCCUGGAGGAGAUUAGCUGUUACUUCCCUCUUAAGACUUUAUGAAGGUCAUUUUUUGCUGCUUUGGUGGCGGCAUUUGUUUUAAGGUCCAUCAGUCCGUGUGGUAGCAGCUGCUUGGUCCUCUUUUACAUGGAGCACCACACACCACAGUACCUUUUUGAACUGUUUCCUUUUAUCCUCCUCGGGGUGUUUGGAGGGCUGUGGGGAGCCUUUUCCAUCCGGGCAAACGUUGCCUGGUGUCAGCGGCGCAAGUCUACCAGAUUUGGGAAGUAUCCUGUUCUGGAAGUCAUCGUGGCCGCCAUCACUGCUGUGGUAGCCUUCCCCAAGCCGUACACCCGGCUCAACACCAGUCAGCUCAUCAAGGAGCUUUCCACGGACUGCGGGCCCCUGGAGUCCUCCUCUCUCUACUACAGAAACAAGAUGAACGCCAGUAAAAUUGUUGAUGACACUGCAGACCAGCCCGCUGGCCUCGGAGUGUAUUCAGCUACAUGGCAGUUAGGGUUAUUACUCGUAUUUAAGAUCAUAAUGACUGUGUUCACCUUCGGGGUCAAGGUGCCAUCGGGCCUGGUCAUCCUCAGCAUGGCUGUCGGUGCCAUCGCUAGCUGCAUGGUGGGCAUCGCGGUAGAGCAGCUGGCCCACUACUAGCAUGACUGGUUCAUCUUCCAGAAGUGGUGCGAGGUUGGGGCCGACUGCAUCACCCCCGGCCUGUACUCCAUGCUGGGUGCCACCGCGUGCUUAGGCGGCGUGACCAGGAUGACGGUCUCCCUAGCGAUGAUUGUCUUCGCGCUCACUGGAGGCUUGGAGUGCAUCGUUCCCCUUAUGGCUGCAGUGAUGACCAGUAAAUGGGUUGGAGAUGCCUUUGGAGGGAAGCUUUACGAAGCUCACAUCUGGCUAAAUGGAUACCCUUUCUUGGAUGCGAAGGAGUUCACACACAGCACGCUGGCCGCUGACGUCACAAGACCAUGAAGGAGCGACCCUCCCCUGGCUGUCCUGAUGCAGGACAACAUGACGGUGGAUGACGUAGAAAACCUGAUCAAUGAGACCAGCUACAACGGCUUCAUAAUGUCCAGGGAGUCUCAAAGACUGGUGGGGUUCGCCCUCAGAAGAGAUGAUGAUCGCAAAAGGUGACGUUUUAGGUUAUUGGGUCGCAGAUUGCUGGCACACUCAUCCUUGUUCUCAAACAUCUUUUAAACUUGUGUGAAGUGACAAGUAGGGGAAGAAGAUGAUUUACUGAAAGUCUGCCAGAAUCAGUUUUGCAGAGCUGCUCCCAGUGUGCGUUUUCCCCGUGUCCAUUGCCUCGUGUCCUGCUUCCUGCACAUGCAGCUUGUCUGUGAAGAUUGCCCGUGAGCUCUCCUCCUCUCUCGGAACCAAACCUGUGCACAUUCCCAGUGAUGUCCUCUAGGCGCUGGUCCUGUUGUUACAAAGAAAAAAAAUGUUGCUUUUGCUCUAGAGUGUGCUACUUACACUAGAAAGAUAAGCAUUAUCAACACUUUCUGAGCUCCGAAGUCAUGGGCAUUCUGUAGCUUCGUAAGCACAGUCUGAAGUCAGGAAGUGUGACACCUCCAGGUUUUGUUCUUUUUCUUCAAGAUUGCUUUGGUAAUUCUGGGUCUUUCUGGGUUCCAUACAAAUUUUAGAAUUAUUUGCUUAGUGAGAUAAGUCAGACAGAGAAAGACAAAUACUCUAUGUUAUUACUUAUAUGUGGGACGUGAAAAAUAAUACAAACAAAUGUAUAACAAAACAGAAACAGAUUCAUACAGAGAACAGUGGGGAGAGGGAAAGGGGGAGGAGCCAGAUGGGGGUAGGAGAUUAAGAGACACAAACUACUAUGUAGAAAACAGAUAAGCAACGGGGAUAUAUGGUAUAGCGCCGGAACUAUAGCCAUUCUUUGGCAAUAACUUUAGAUGGAGUAUAACCUAUAGAACUACUGAAUCCCUAUGCUGUGCACCUGGAACUAGUACAAUAUUGUAAAUUAACUGUACUUCAAUAAAAAUAAGUGAAUAUAAAUAACUAAAAUAUAAGUGAAUAAAUAAAAAAUAAAACUUG